GAAACAUCAGGGUAUGUUAUUUCAUGUUUAUAAUUAUCACUCCAAAAUGAACGACCAGAUUCAUGACUCGUCAGAAUUUAAACCACCUAUACCCAAAUGUCGAAGAGCUAUAAGAUCAAAAGAGAAAAGUUCACAUACAAUUAUUGUUUCGCAGAUUCAUGACUCGCCAGAAUUUAAACUAUCUGCACUCAAGUCUCGAAAAUCUAUGAGAUCAGAAGAGGAAAGUUCACAUUUACACAAUAAAUUUCACGAGUCAUAUAUGGAAAGUAACAUAUCUAGACGACAAAAAUUAAAAUCUAAAAAUAAAACAUUUAAAGAUGGUAGCAUUAAUGAUAGACAAAUAGAGAGUUCUGAGGAUGAGGAUGUUGAAGAGAGUGAGAAAGAACUGUCGUUUCAUUCGCAAAAUGAUUUUUCUUUAAAGAAGUUGUCAAAACCUGAGAAGAGUCCUCAGUCACCUGUAAAUAAACAAGAUAUAAAUAGUUUUUUUCUAGGAUCUAUCAUUCCAUAUUUUGUAAUUAUUUUAGCAAUCUUAUUCGGGUUUCUUAUUUUGGUAUCGUUUUUAAGUACGAGUGAAAAAAAAUCAGCACAAUCUGUAAACAAUCGUAUUUCGCUGUUCAAAUCUAUGGAAGAAAUUAAAGCAAAAUUUUAUAAUCAGGAAUCAGAUAUUUGGAAUGAUAUUUCUGCCAUAAAUGAAAUAAUAUUGAAAAAUCCUAAGGUACCUCAAAUUAUUCUAUUAUUUGCGAAUGAGACAAGUACAAUGGACUGUUUAGCCACAUCACUGGCGCACAUAAGCAGUAAUGUUUUACAUAUAGACAGUCCUCUAUACUUGAAUCCAGAAAAUUUUAGAGAUGAUGCUGGUGAGAUCAUCGACAACUUAAAAGAAAAGUCUUCAGCAAAAAAAGUUGUGAUUAUUCGCAAUGUAUUGAACAUUAAUCCGGAAGCAAUAAAAGUAUUACAUAAUCUGUGCGAUAAAAUAAACCCUUUAAUUAGGGAAGCUAUUUACAUCCUCACUAUGCAAACCAAUGACUAUCAAUUAUCGCAGAAAAAGAUGAAGUUUGUGGAAGAUCAAUUUUACCAUAAAUUGUCAAAGAACAUUGAUCGUGAUAUUUUAAUGGCACUUGUAACGCGCAUCACUGAUGGCGCAAUUAUAUCGGUGCAACCGGAACCGCAUUUAAGAUAUUGUUAAGCAAAAAUAUUUAAAAUUUUAAAGGCACAUAAUAUUAAUAAUGUAUUACUGUAAAUAAUAAGAUUAGAUAUAAAUUAUAAGUAGCAACAUAAGGCUCCUAAAUUGUCACUUGUAGUUAUAUCGGAUUAAGAUUAUUUACAAGAGAUUAUUAAGAGAGAUUUAAUUUUCUUAAUUUUUUUUUAAUCAUACAAUAUCAAAAACGAGUCUUUUCGGCAUGUUGCCAUUGAUAUUUUUUAUUCAACUCUAUAAUUUAUUUCACAAAAUUUUCUUUUUUUUAUUAUCUUAAUAUAAAGCGACUACAAUGUCGAAUUAGGAGCUUCAAUUUUUUUCUUUUUGAAUCUGCAAGAAUACAAAUUAUUGUAAUAAUUGUGAUAUUAAGUUUCUCUCUAAUUGCAAAUUAAAGAAAUAUAAGAUUUGGAUGUGUUAA